UGUGAGUAUGAUGAUAGCCUCAUGGUGUUGGAGAGAUGAUCGUUCCUUGAUACCCUGUUGUGGACGCACUAGACAUGGCAUCCGACGAUAACCUGGACUAUCCUGAGGUGGCAAUAGAUCCAGUAUAUGCCACUGUUACCAGCAAUGUGUCGGGGUUCAGCACCGAUUCCCUGGAUCCAAGCUGGAUGGAAGACAUGGGCUUCAGUGGAGGGGUCAUCCAGUUUGUGUAUGAUGAGGCUAGUGUUCAAAAGGCCAAUGCUGGUCUGUAUGUAAGUGUCCCGGAAGCUGCUGAUGCUGAUGAUGUAGCUACUUACAUGGCCAAAGUAUGGAAGAAGAGAACACCAAAUAUUAUCUUGUCCCUCAUUACAAGCAACAGGCAUUACAAACACUGGAAAGACCAGGAUUUGGUUCAUGAUUUUCAGACUGGCAUCAUCACGGCAGCCAAUACCACAGAGAUGUGGAUAUUAACUAAUGGGUUUGAUGGAGGAAUCACAAAAAUUUUAGGAGAUGCCUUCAAGGAGGAGAAACAACGACGUAAAAUUCCGAGCCUGACCAAAAUGUCCAUGAAAUUUGUGAAUAACCAAAAGCAAGAAAGCCUUCCCAAGCUGACUGUGAUAGGGGUAGUGCCUAAAUGUCUUCUUUCCUACAACUCAAAAAUUGAUUCUGCAGAAGGUCCUGUGAACAUCCAAAAUAAAGGCCAGAAGCCCUUGUCAGACAAACAGGAGCUCAAUUCUGACCACACCCACUACAUUAUGCUGGAGGGUGUCACUGACCUACGUGAGCUUGAAAAUUUCCGAAUCAAACUUGAGGAGCGGUUUCUUACACCAGUAGGAAGACCAAAACGAUAUAGGAAAAUCACCAAUCUGAGUGACUCAGUAUUAAAUGUGGGAGAGUCUGUUCCGGAUGACCUACAGAUUAUCAGUAGUACAUGUACGCCGAUGGUUGGCCUACUGGUUCAGGGUGGCCCUUUAGAGAUGGACCAUGUGGCAGAACUGUUGAAGAGGAAUGUACCUGUUGUAGUCAUGAAAGGGACAGGACUUGCAGCUGACCUUAUUUCCUUUGCUUAUCUUGAAAUUCAAGAAAGACCCCAUGCUGAACAUAUCGAGUCCUACAUCAAACCAGAACUGAUCAAAAAGCUGAUGAAGUACUUUCCAGCUGAAUUCAAAGAAGAUGAGAUUGCUCGGAACCGGUGUCGGGAUAAAAUACUGGAGUGUGCUCAGAAUGCUCAUCAGGGAGAACAGAAGUUUCUGACCAUCCUGCCAACAGGUGGCGCUUCCUCAGACCUUAAGAAUCUCGACAAGUACCUACUACUGGCUUUGUUUGAGUCUCAGGCACUGAAGCGUGGCAGAAAGUUUCAAGAGCAAUUCCAGUGUGACCUCAAGUUGACCUUGGAUUGGAACAGAUGUGACCUUGCUGUGUCCCAAAUUUUUCAAAAAUAUGACUGGGCAAGAAUCAAGAUAACCCAUGAGCUGUUUGACCGUGCCUUGUUGAAGAAAGGACGUGAAGAUUUUGUCGAUCUGUUUCUCUCAAGGGAUGCCAUUCAAGUCCACAAAUAUCUCAAUCAUCGAAAGCUACUGUACUUAUUUAACAAUCUGGAGAAUGAGGAGUUCUUUCUCACUGUCUGUCUUGAUGGAGUACUAGCGAAAGCUUCGUAUUCUGCCUAUCCAGUGGACAAGGAUUUUGUCAUUGGUGAUGACUGUGAAUUUAACCGGCUACUGUACCGAGUGACCUAUCUACAACACCUAGUGUCAUCAUAUGAACUGUCAAUGAACUCUGUAGGGUCAUACAUCACGGAUCAAGAGGUCGCAGAGAGGAGGGCUCUCAACACAUUAGUAUUCUGGGCUGCUAUAACCUUCAAUGCUGAACUGACGAAGGUCCUGUGGAAGAGGACGGAAGACCCCAUGGUGAUGGCACUUAUUGUCAGCAUGAUCUGGAACAACCUGUCAAAGAAUUGGUGCCGUGACCUGGAUACCAAGCGCAAAGUUCGGGAAUCUGCAAUGUCAUCUGGCCCAAAUGAUGACUCUGAUGAUGAGAUGCCACCAGAUGAGGCAGCCAUGUUACAACCAUCAUCACUACAAGGCGAGAAAUGGCAACAAAAGCGCCACAGUGUGAAGUACCAGAUGAGAAAGAUGUUGUCCUAUGGCCGACAAAACCUCAACGUUCCAGUCCACAUGCAGUUUUACUACCUGUACAGUGCACCAAUAACCAAGUUCUGGAUCAGCCAGCUGUUCUACAUACUGUACCUGACAAUCUUCAGUUUAGCUGUUCUGUUUCCCUCCUGUGGUAACCUACAUAUGGAUUUUGUUGUAUUUGGCUGGACUUCAUUGAUAUGGGUCGAACUAGUACGUGGUGUUCUAGCAAAGAAAAAGAAAUACCUGGAGAUCAAUCUGUUUUGGACCAAGAUAGAGAUUGGACUGAUCGGAAUCUUUUUGAUUACUUUCUGUCUGGUGCGGAUCGUUCCCCACUUUGUCAGCUAUAUUGACUACAUGACCACUAAGUUUGUCAUGAGUCUGGGUCUCCUAUACUUCUACUACAGAACUCUACAGGUGUUUCUUCCCAUCAGUCCUGUCCUUGGUCCGAUGCUCAUCAACAUCCGCAGAAUGAUAAAAAAGGAUUUUCUGACAUGGAUGAGGAUGUUUGUGAUCAUCAUGGUGUCAGGCGGUGUCACUAUCCAUGCUGUCCUCUACCCAAACUAUCCGUUCACCAUGCAGGGCAUCAAAAAGGCACUGAUACGAGCCUUUUUUGCGAUGUUUUUUACACAGAUUGAUGACCUUGAAGGAAAUGACUCCUGUUCUGACUUGUACAAAAACACCUCUCUGAGCCAUUGUAGAGCUAUCUCUCCCGAUAUUUUCUCCAAAAAUGCUAGCAGUACCACACGGGAUGAUGUGAGAUCACUGGACUUCUGUCCGUACAGCAGCAUGGGCGGCUACCUGGUUGUAAUGCAGUACUUUGUCAUCACUAAACUAGUUAUGAUCACUCUACUGUAUGCCCUCUUCAGUGCAACCACAGCCAAAGUAAGGGGAGAGUCGGAGGAGAUAUGGAAGUUUCAGAAAUACAGCCUGAUUGUGGACUUUGAGGAACGCCUUCGUCUUCCUCCCCCCCUUAGUUUCUUCAGCUAUCUGUGUAUGGUGGCUAUGGGCCUUUAUCACUGUGUACAUAGGUGCUGCAAUCUCUGUUGCCGAAGGCCACGCGGCUGUUGUCGUUGUACCUGUAAAAAGAAGAAAUCACACACAGAAAAGGACAGUUCCAAGCUGCGGGUGCUGAAAGUACGGAGAACAGAGGAUUAUAAUUACUGGAGAAGCAGUAUAAAGGACCUGAUGGACAUGGAAGAGCAAGAAAAAGCUGCUCUAGAGAGACCCAAAACACAAAGCAAAAAUAUCGGUGUAUUGAUGGCUCAGAUGGACAAACAGAAGCAUUUCAAUGGAAAGUUGACAGAGCAGAUGGCACGAAUGGAACGCAAUAUUACCACCUGUAACCUGGCGUUGGAGCAAAUCAAGCACCUCCUAGAUAAACAGCAGGGACAGAAAAACUUAACUGUAGCCAUGAAAAAGGCUGUAGCUCAUGUAUCCAGUCGUCAGUCCCCUUACCCAGGAACGAAAAUACAACGCUUUCCUGUCUUUGACAAAUAUGUGUCUUGGGACGUUCCUUACCUAGGGUAUGACCCUGUUGUGUACACCUGUCCAAUAGAAGAGUUUGUGGAGGCCAUUCAAUCCCUGGUGGACCCUGACCUCUUGCAGAUCAGUCGGACAGCCGAGGAGAAAAUACUUAGUCGUGAGGAUAUACGUGCCCAGUACCAACAUAGUGCACUGUAUAGCCCGAUGUGGAAUGUUGCUGCAACAUUAAAGAUCAACAACGCUUUAGUGGAAAUAAAUAGGGCCUCCUGGAUCACUCAGAACAGCACAGCAUGUCGUUAUAGUGUUGAUAAAACCAAUCUACCUAUAAACCCUAUGGGCAGGACUGGUAUCAGGGGGCGGGGCAAGUUGUGGCGCUGGGGACCUAACCACAGUGUGCUUGUAGUGCUGUCACGUUGGAAGGAGAAAUACAAACCGAAGAGUGACGAGUCAUCUGACCGUGACUACAUUGUCAUCGAGGGGAAACGUGUCCUAGAAAUGAUUAUCAUUCAGAGGCUUGAUACUGGAGAGUUCACUCUUCCUGGGGGAAAUGACUAUGGUAAUAUGUCCAUGUACAGCGCACUGUGUAAGAGGUUUCAGCAGUUUGUUCUUGACCAGGAAACUACAGCAAAAGAAAAUAUGACCGAACAAGACAUGAUCAGUUUUUUUUCUAAGUACUCUGUACCAGGGUCAAGCCCUAACACAGGGCUGACCUCUGGAGUGAUAUACAAGGGUUACAUUGAUGAUCCCUCCAACACUGACAAUGCCUGGCGUGAGGCGGAGGUCUGGAAUCUUCACUACAGGGGAGGCAGUAUACUGGAUGAUAUAGUGAAAGAGAAAGAGAAGAAAUGGAAGGAAGCAUCUUCCUACACAAAGUUGUAUGGUAACCAGGACAUGAUAGUGAAGGAGGCUGCGCUCUUACAUGGAGCUUACUACUAAUCAACAAACUUAAGGAUUCCUGCCUGUACCCACCUCUUAUCAUCAUAGUCAGGGAAACAUUGAUGGCCAAAAGACAUUCCCACAGACUGGAUGAAUCUUCAGAGGAACAUCUCUAGUCAUUGUUAUAAUCUCUGAUGCUCUUUGUUGUUGCUUCUAGUCUCUGUUGUGUAGUGAUUAAGCAGCAUUGUCCAGGUAUAGAUAUAAGGAUGUAACCUACAUUUCAGUGACAUGAAUCUCAUUUCCCAAAAGUGUAAUAAGGGAGAUAACUAGAAUAGCUACAUUUUCUGUAUAUUAUGAUGGUAUGUGUUGUUACACACAAAUCAACCAUGUGUAUUUUAAGGUAGUUUAUAUCCUCAAAGGCGAUUACCCAUGUACAAAUGAGGAAUUCAAAACGGAGAUAACUUUCACAGAUUACCAAUAUAAUUUGCCAAGUUCCAAACUAAACUAUAUAUAGCAAGCAAGGGAGAAAACUCUUAAACUAACUAUAAUCAGAUAUAUCUUAUACUAAUUGCAUGCAUAUUUAGGUAGAUAAUAUUCUCGUAAGAUACAACUAGUCACCAUUUGGAAUGGAAUUUUUGCUAUAACUAAAAGUGUAUGUUUUCUGAUCUGUCAUCUUAUUUAUACAAGUACUGCUGCAGUGUGUUUCAUAUAGUUGAAUAUGUUGUAAUUAUACGUAUGUCACUCAUAUCAUUGCCUUUUCAUGCCAGGUAAUCCAAAAGCAACAAUGUAUUUUUUUGUUUUUAAAGUAUGGAUAUAUAUUUGUGCUUAAAUUAAAAUAUCAUUUGAUAAGAUCGGUGCUUUAGACAAAAAAAAUCACGACUGUAUAUUUUAAGCCUAUGAUUAUCUUUACUUAUGUGUAGAUCAGUAUAUGUGUAAAUCACACAGUUGUGAAUCUCUUCUAUUUUUGCAUGUAACAGUAUGUGUGUUGGAUGUUGGCCUCAGUUGCUCACAGCUUGGUUAGAGUUAACCUGUGGAAUUGUUGCCACAGAAAAAAUGACUUC